GAAUUGUAAGUUACCGGUUAAUUCAAUCAGGCAGUAAACCAGCCGUAAAGGAAUAUGUGAGCAGUAAGAUAAUAAAAAGCGUUAUCUCUCUGAUUGCAUCAAGUCCUAAAUAUUCAAACGUGAUUGUUUGUCUAUAUUUAAAGUAACCGCCCAUUUAAAGCCGAAGCGCCUCGCGAGACUGAGGAAGUGAGAGACUGUUACAUAUGCAGUGAGCAGCUGCUGGGAUCCGGUUAGUUUUAUUUAAUGGCUAAAGUGGAGAUCGCCCCUUUGAGAAGCUGGGAUGAUUUCUACCCAGGCUCAGAGCGCUUCGCCAGACCAGACACGCGAGAUCUGGCGAAAUGGAACAACAGAGUGGUCAGCAACCUGCUGUACUAUCAAACAAACUACCUGGUGUUGGCGAUCAUUGUAUUCCUGAUCGUAGGGUUCUUGAACCCUGUGAGUAUGUUCAUGGGUGCAGCAGUGGUCACUUCUGUCUUCAUUGGCUCUGUAUGGGCAGGCGAGAACAAGGCGAUCAUCAAACAGUUCAAGAAGGAGAACCCUACUCUGUUUGUGUUCUUGGUGAUGGUUGUGAGCUUCUUCCUCAUGUCGCUCUUCGGUGGAGUUAUGGUGCUCCUGCUUGGAAUCAACCUGCCUCUUCUCUUGAUCUUUGCACAUGCAUCACUUCGCCUACGGAACAUGAAAAACAAACUGGAGAAUAAGAUGGAGAGCGCCGGACUCAAGAAAUCACCCAUGGGAAUCAUACUUGAAGCACUGGGUCAACAAGAAGAGAACCUCAAUAAAAUCCAAGACUUUCUAGACAGCAAACUCAAGGAGUGAACUUUUACUGCUUUCAUCUGGCACAGUUUCAAAAACCUACUCCGUUUAUUUCAACAUCUUUAAUUGGCAAAACCAAAAGUAUUUUUCUUAGUGUGUUUUUUCUAUUAUGGAAUGAAGUGACUGUAUUGAAAAUAUGUUUGUUUACAUCUCAGGUCAAAUGUAGGAGGAUUUCACUAUGGCCUGUAGGGAGCGUGUCAUAUGUGCAUAUUUCAAGUGAUAGUGUUUUUCUCUCCCAAAAUACAUUCAUUCAUAUAUUAAGACAAUUCAUAAUAUAACAUGACAAGAUGUCAUCAGGUUUAGAGAUCUUCAGAUGUUCUGCAGUGUGAUAACUGGAAUUCUGCAGCAGCUGGAAACUCCUGUGAUAAUGAUAGUGAACUGUAUUACCUUGUAGAAGAUUGUUUACUUCUGUUUGUUGUUCAUGUGAAUUGUUCACUGAUGUCUUUUAUCACACUGCUGAUGCAGCUGUUGUAAAAGCAAUAAGCAAUUUGAGCACUGCACUAUAGUGAUUUUACCAUAGGAAAGGGGGUUUUAGAUACUCCGUUUUUCACAUCACGUCUAAGAUCAUCCCUAAUCUUUGGUUAAUUACUUUAAUGCACAGACUUUCAUGACUUAUUGCUCGUCAACUAUUAGAUAAAAUAACUGCCUGUGAUGCUAUCAACCUUGUUUUGCAGAAGUGAGUUGUAUUCUUUGAAUGUGCUUUUUGUGUUACAAACCAGUGUUUAUGAUUAUGAUGAAGUAGAAUAAUAUAAUAAAUAUGUUUUCAGUAUCAUGAGGCAUACUGAGUAAAAUAACUGGAUGUGAGUGACACCAGGAGCUUCACACAUUCAGCUUCUAAAUGCCAGCAGAUCUUAAAUCUAUGCAAAAUGUGUUAAUAAAGUCACAUUUUGGUA